AUGGAGAAGGAGCAGUUGCUUUAUAGAUCGCUCGACAGGAUAAAAUCAGUCGAGUCUGACCUCGAGCAGACAAAAAGGGCAUUGAAUUCAACUGUGACGAAGCAGCGUAAGAUAACCGAGUUACUAGAAAAUCUGCGAGAGUCCAAGUUUCACGCGAGAGCACGGGUAAAAUAUGACCCUCACCCUUGCUCCCAAUUUCAUGCUCAUUAUCCCAGACUCAGAAAGAAGGAAGCAUUAAGCUUCCUAAUUAUGGUGAUGGGGUUGGAGAAAAUGAAAAUUACCAUAUUAGUAAGUUCUUCAUUCAUCCAUCUGGAACGGAAAAUUUUGAACACAAGUGCCUUGCGGAGUUAUCAAUUCUUCGAUUCCAAUUUGUAUAGGUGUGUUCUUCCACAAAUAAAAUUUCUGAGCAUUAGAGUUUCACCAGUGUUGGACUUACAAGUGAUUCCAACUGGCGAAGAUUGUGAGUUGAGAUGUUGUCCUGCAAAGUUUGAAGGUUCUGAGUUCAUGGAACGCCAAAACGAGAAGUUUUCAGCUUUUAUGAGGAACCACAUAAUAUGGGAGUCUGUUGGUGCUGAACAAUAUUUGGAUGUAGACGUGAAGUUAAAUCUCAUUCUUGAGAUUUACACUUUGCCAUUUGCAUUGAUGCCCAUAUCAGCAGUUGAAGGUCCGGAGAAUAAGAGGUAUUUUUUUAUGGGGAUUUGUUUGAGCAACGAGAUAAAGGCUGAGAGCACCUUUCAGACUGAUACAGCGGCAGGAUUCCGGCAGCCGGAGGCACCAGUCGAGCAGCAGCAGCAGCAGCAGUUCUGGGGCGCCUGUUGCGGCGGGCCCCACCGCCGACCGGGACGUUCCUUAGGGUGCCGCCGUGGGUCCAAUACCUCCGGCAGUCCUUGCAGAAGUGGCGGGGCUGAUAAAUGCUGUAGUUGUUGUAGUAGCAAAACUUGGUAUUUGAUGAGUUGCACCGGCUGCAGUCCCGAUGGGGUGGUGGAGGGUAACGGGGACGGCUGCCUGUCUCGGGGCGCCGCCUCGGAGGCGGCGGAGGAGCUGGAUUCAUCGGGUUCUCCAUAG